GUGGCUAUCGUCAGUACGCAUUGAUCAAGAAUCGCUUCCUUCACAAAACUUCGGUUCGAUUUUACCAUUCUACCGGCCAUUGAUACCAUUGGAGAAAAAAUUUUGUUCCUUCGUUCUGCUUAAUCGUUGAACAUGACACUUCUGACGACAGUUGGAGUGCUUAUGGUGCUGGCAACAGUAUCUUCGGCUGCCACUAUUCCGAAAUUCAUCACCACCUGUAACCGGAAGGACCCUGACAUGCCGAAUUGUGUAAUCGGAAUGAUAAGCCGCCUUCGGCCGCUUUUGGCAACAGGAAUUCCGGAGUUUCGGAUCCCCGCUCUAGAACCAUUGCACUUGAGGGAGCUGGUAGCUGUCGAAGGAACGGGAAUCAAAAUUUCUGCCAAAGAAAUUGACACCUAUGGCUGCAGCGAUUUCGAAAUCAAAAGACUAAAACUCGACAUGGACAAUUUGUACGCUGAAGCAGACCUCGACCUUCCACAUCUGUUCAUCGAUGGUCUGUACUCUGUCGAGGGUAGGGUGUUGACGCUGCCCGUCACUGCGAGGGGCACGCUGAGGGGCAACUUCACUAGAUGUAAAGGGUACCUCAAAAUGCGGGGAGAGAGAGUGAAAGACGAAAUGGGCGAGGACCAUUUGCGCUGCACGUAUUUCGACGUAAAGCUUUCCGUGGGCAACGGACAUCUCCGUCUAGAAAAUCUAUUCGGGACCGAGCAGUUGCUUGGCGACCUGGUCAAUCAAGUGAUAAACAAUAAUUUAGACACUAUAAUUAACGAACUGAAACCAGCGAUAGAAAAAACUUUGUCCUCAGCUUUCAAAAGAACGGCGAACAAUAUCGUUGAACCUUUCACCUACCAGCAAUUAUUUCCUGACGGUGAAACUGAUACGUCGGGAUAGUUUACACGACUUGAAAUUCCAGGAUAAGUCUCAUUGCCUUUGGGAUAGAUUGAAAAACUUAGACGUAAGAUCUAAAUAUACAGAAAAAUAUUUUUAGAUUGGGUGUACGGAAGAAGUACACGAUAAAUAAUUUUUUCCAUUUUUUUCAUUAUCGAUCAUUUUGUAAGAUGGGAGAAAGGGAGCUCCGUUGAUUCCGUGAUAUCGAUUUUUGAUUAUAUACAGUACCUGUAGAAUAUAAGAUAUUCAGAAAUAAUUGUCAUAUUUUCGGAGAUUUAACUAUUUAAUACACAACAUUUAUAUUGUA